GAGAUGUGAUUGUGCGUGUUUGGGACGAGAGAGGAGAGUGAUCAUAAUCACGGCAAAAGUCCGACCGCCGAGGGAGCGCACUUAAAUCACGUGGGGGUGUGGAUUUGUACAGAGAAAAAGUAAAAGUGUCGUCGAAGUGACUUGUGGCUGUACUUUGUUCUCCUCCUCUGUUCGCCUGUGCGCCCCCUCCGCCCUGCAUUCCGCGGAGCAGCUGUGUUUUAAUGCCCCUGCGCACCCGAGGAGCAGAGGAAGGAGAGAAGAGUGAGGAGGAAGAAGAAGAAGGAGAAGGAGAAGAAGAAGAAGAAGUGAGAAGGCCUGGACAACACCCCUCCUCGCCCUCUGGAAGUCUGUCCACUCUCCCCUCCUGGCCCUGCAUGGACGGGGAUGGGGAGAGCCGGAUGCUGUUGCCGCGGGGCUGAGCGCCUCGCCUCCCCGUCUAUGGUGCGCCGCUUCCGGCCACUGCUGCUGCUGAUCAUCGUUCUGUGCUGCGGUGCUCACAUAGGUCAGUGCCAGGUGGCCACCCCUCAAUGCCGUAUCCAGAAGUGCACCACCGACUUCGUCUCCCUGACCUCCCACCUCACUCCAGCCGUGGAUGGUUUUCACACCGAAUUUUGCAAGGCUUUACGCGCGUACUCGGCCUGCACCCAGAGGACGGCCAAGUCCUGCCGGGGGAACCUGGUCUUCCACUCGGCCGUGCUGGGCAUCUCAGACCUCAUGAGCCAGAGGAAUUGCUCCAGAGAUGGGCCCACUUCCUCCACACACCCUGAGAUCCACCUGGAGCCCUGCAACUACCACAGUCGCACCCAGCAUGCCCACAUACACUCCCACGCACACACACACUCUCACACCCACGGCCACAGCCACAGCCACACUCGGCCUGGGUACCUGUUUUGCGGGCUGUUCGGGGACCCGCAUCUGAGGACAUUUAAGGACAGCUUCCAGACUUGUAAGGUGGAGGGGGCAUGGCCUCUCAUUGAUAAUGAUUAUCUGUCGGUGCAGGUCACUAAUGUCCCUGUGGUUCCCGGCUCCAGCGCCACAGCAACCAAUAAGAUCACCAUCAUCUUCAAGCCCUAUGAGGGUUGCACAGACCAGAGGGUCUACCAGGCCGUCACAGACAACCUCCCUGCUGCCUUUGACGAUGGCACCGUGAGCAGUGGGGACCCCAUCCACGCUUCAGCCGGCGUAGACGGUGUGUCUGGGAAGGUCCGGGCUCUGUGGAUCUCUGAGCGCAGCCCAGGACGCCAUGUGGAGCUGCACGCCGGCUACAUCGGUGUGACUGUAAUUGUUCGCCAGCUGGGGCGCUACCUAACCCUGGCGGUGCGGAUCCCCGAGGAGCUGGCUCAGGCCUAUGAUGCCACCCAGGACCUGCAGCUCUGUCUGAACGGCUGCCCCAACGGAGAGCGCAUCGACCAGGCGGGGCACCUUCCCCUGCCGAUCUCCCCUCCUGCGCUAGGCCUGCAGCUCCAGCAGCUGCGUCGGCCGAGCUACUCAUCACUGACACAAGCAUCCCCCUACGGUGCCUCGCAGGUUUUUGGUGUGGAGGGGGCGAAGGAGCGUUGCAGGGAGCAGCUGGAGGUGCAGGACAUUUACUUCCACUCCUGCGUGUUUGAUCUCCUGACCACCGGGGAUGUUAACUUCACAGUGGCAGCGUACAGCGCCCAGAAGGACAUGGAGAGUCUGCAUCCACACAGGGAUAGAUGGAGGAUCUACCCCCGCAGCGCUGCCAUCUCCACCUUGCACUCUGAUUCUCACCUUAUCAAACAGUUUGCUCUGCUCCUGGUGUGUGCUCUGAGCGCUGCUUUGAUCUGAAAGUGGGAGUCUUUGAGUGUGCCUGCAUGCAUGUGGGCUUUGUUUAUGUGUGUGCACUAGAAAGAGAGUUUUGGGAGUUUUUCGCUGAGCACUGAUACUGAACGCUGAUUCCUCUGUCGUUCAGAGUGGACUGGACAGUUACUGGGAACUAGAAGUGUUUUUUUUUUUAGAAGAGGUGACAGACCUCCCAGUGGGCACAGGAGAUACUGGCAACACUAACUGCGUCUUACUUUGCCGAAUCAGCCCUCUGGAGGUAGAGAAUAAACAAAGAAGACGUGAUGACAGCUUCUACAAUCUGUCUUCAUCUUUGGAUAGAACGCAAUUGACAAUGACACAAAUGUUUCUGUGUGGGUGAAUUGACUGUAAAUAGUUCAUUUUGUCUUCAGUGCACAGUGUAAUGGUGUAGAGUAUGUUUUUUGUGCCAUUUGAUGUGAUUUUUUUUGUAAUACCUCAGACAGAGGACGUUUGUUUUAACAAAAGCACUUUAUUUUCAUUUUUUUUUCACAAAUCCACAUCAGUGUUUCUUUCUUUCACUCGCUGUCCUUCACCAAAAUCAUCAAUGGCUCAAGUUCUGGACAUCUGUAAUUUAGUUUUUGAUCCAUUCACAGUGAAAGACAAUUGAAUACUAGGAGCUGCCAUUUUUGUUGAAAUGCGCCAUUCUUCCUUUAGCUGAUUUGACUCAGCCUCUCAUUUUAAGUCAGUCGAUGUGAGCUGUUCUGUUGAAUGUAUUAUGAAUAUCGUCACAGCAAUUGCCAUCAGUGCUAUUUUGUUGCUUCGUGAACUUGUUGCUUCUCCUCAUUCCUGAUUUCAACUGUGUGCGUGUGUGUGUGUGUUUGUGUGUGUGCGCCCACGCUCUGUUUUUUGGUUGGUGACAUGUUUGAAUGUGUUUUUAUUGCAUCUGAUUCACAUUAGAGGUACUCCAAACCUUUCUGCCAAGAUGCUGUGACUAAACCGGCUCAUGUUUUCUACUCAGUGAUUUUUGUUGUUGUGAUAAUUUGAGCCAAAGACAGAUAACAUGGUUUUUAUGUACAAAGGAAAUCAUAACUCAUCACCAAAACCAGCACCUGCCUCCCUCUCAGAGUCUCCUUCUCCCAAGGUUUUAAAUUUGCUACUGUAGACUGCUUUUCUCCUUCUGUCAGAACUGACAAACGGCUCCUUAUUAGGAUCCAUGUAAGAUACUGGAGAGAAAACACUGAGAAUAACUUCACCACACUGUGCUGGGGUUUGAGCUUCAGCAUUGUGUUGUUGGAAUUUGAUACCCAGGAGAAAUGUCAAACGUUAAGACUAUGAGCCUUUUUGACAUGAAACAUUCUGUAUAAUUCUGCCCAAUUUGUUUGAUCAUAUAAGCUUAAUCUCCCUUUUUGGCUUUGUGAUCUCUUACAUCAUGUGUGAGUGUCAGUUUGGUGAAGAGUGACUGGUCAAUGUUGAAAUACUUAACUUAUUUAUGAACGUAGUGUCCUGUAGAGGAUGUUAAGCUCCAUAUUCUUGCUGUUGGAUAAUAAUUUAAAAAAAAUGUCAGAUGUGAUUGUACUACCACCUAGUGGUGCUCUGUUGCUAUGUCAGUGUGUUACUAAAGGCGCUCAAAAAAAAAAAAAGAAAAAAAAUUGAGGAAACAAA